CAGCUGAAGGGAGCUCUGUGGGCGCGGCGUGGUUGCCGGGCAGCCGCGUCCUUGGUGCUCUUACACAUAGCCAUUCGUGUAGGGAAAAUGAUGUUUGUAUUACAGCAGGGCAAAUCCAUUAGUCAUAACUCCAUCCAUUCUCAGCACUCCUUGCUGCUAUCCUGCUUUUCUUCUUUUCUUGCUGCUGGUUGGAUUAAAAGCCCUUUGGUUACUAUGGCAUUCCGUGAGGAGGUUACCCUCAGUGAAGAAGAAGUAAGGUCUCGGUACGGCCACUUAGAGAAGAUGACAGAUUUGGUGGCUGUUUGGGAAGUAGCUUUAAGUGAUGGUAUUCAUAAAAUUGAAUUUGAGCAUGGGACCACUUCAGGAAAACGUGUCGUCUAUGUUGAUGGAAAGGAAGAAAUACGAAAAGAAUGGAUGUUUAAAUUGGUGGGUAAAGAAACAUUCACUGUUGGAGCAUCCAAAACAAGAGCUACAAUUAACAUUGAUGCAGUCAGUGGCUUUGCAUAUGAGUAUACUUUGGAGAUCAAUGGAAAAAGCCUCAAGAAAUAUAUGGAGAACAGGUCAAAAACAACCAAUACUUGGGUACUGAGCUUGGGUGGUACAGACUAUAGAGUUGUUUUGGAAAAGGACACAAUGGAUGUGUGGUGCAACGGUAAAAAAAUGGAGACAGCGGGUGAAUUCGUAGAAGAUGGGACAGAAACUCACUUCAGUGUUGGUGAUCACAGCUGUUACAUUAAGGCUGUCAGUAGUGGAAAACGAAAGGAAGGAAUUAUUCACACUCUUAUUGUGGAUGACAGAGAGAUCCCAGAGGCUGUGGAGUAGCUUCUAGUUAACUGAUUGUUUUAGGACUCAGAUCAGGUACUUUUAAUUACUGUGGUAAUUAUUUAAAUAAGAGGCAUUUGGAUAAUGCCCUCAAUAACACACCUCAGCUUUCAGUUAGCCAUGCAAUGGUCAGGCACUUGGACAUACAGAUCAUUGUAGGUUCCUUCCAGCUGAACUAUUCUACUGCAUGUAGAACACAUGGUACAUCUAGUUUGUGCUGGGUUCAUUUCCUAGCUUCUGUCCAUGAAACUCAUCUUUUUGAGGACCAGAUAAACAUAACUAUGUACAACACUUUGCAUUACCAGUUUUUAAAAAGCUACAUAGGGAAAUAAGUAUUAUAUCACUAAGUAGAGAGGGCAGGUGAACUUAAGUAGAAAUUAUAUGCUAGAAAAAAAACCCACAAUAUUCAAUAAUACUGGAUACUUUAUAUGGAGGGAGAACACAUGCUGAGCACUGGAGAAAGCUGUUAAAAUUCUCCCUAUUUUUUCUUUUAUGUACUUCCAAUGUUCUUCAAAUGCAGUCAGGAAAACAGUUACAUAAAUUAAUAAAAAAGGUUAUUAAAGAAAUCUAUUUUUACCAGUCCUUGUGUAACUGUAUUAAAAUUUUACUUAGCUAUGAAAACUUGUUUAUUCACAGUAGGAAGAAAGGUGAUAUGCUGUGCCAAAAAUAUCCCAAAGGUAUUUUGUAAAAUGAUGUUUGUUCUGAAGUUCUGUACUGAUUUCUAAACACCCUCCCAUCCAACCAAACAAGAAGUUUUCUGCCAUGGUCCUCCUUUAAAAAAUGAAACCUCUUGAGGCAAGCUGAAAUUAGAACCUCUUCAAUGUAGCCUAACCUUUAAUCUAGAGCUGUCUGUAGGUAAUUGUGUGUGGCAAUUCUGGCAGUCGUGCGUGAAUAAGGAAACGAGGAAAUGCAGGUCAGAACUGGAGAAGAAGAAGAACUGACUGCUUUAAUGGGAAAGUUAAGACAGGAACAGAAUAUUCUCAAAUUCCAGCUGCCUCGGGUGGUUCUUAGAAGCUAUGUGUGGGGGAGGCACGAGGCACACUGCCACUUAACAUUGCCUUAGGCUCACCUUACAAAAGGGACCUGUUUUGUGACAGUGCAGACAUAAAUCACUUUUAAAAAAUAAUGGUUUUAUUUAAGAGUAUCAUUUUGCAGCGGUCCAAAAAACUUUUUCCACUUAAGACUUUUUCCCUUCAGACUUCAGAAUUAGAUUUUUAUAACUUUAUUUUCUUUGGGGUUUGUGACCAUUAUGAAUGCUAUUUUAGGGACUGCAAGUAAAAUACAAAUGUGCUUGGAACUCAUUGCAAUUUUUUUAAAAAAAAUCUUAUUUAAACAUGGAUCACAUUUAUGUUUUAGGGCUCUGAAGCUCUGUUAGCACAAUCUCAUGGGCUUUUUUAAUAGUUUUGUGCAGGCCCUUCUCCCCAGAUAGAGUUUUAACCGUAUGUGACUUUUCAGUCUAAAAGCAGACCUGAUGUUGACCGACAAGCCCUUAUUUCUGCAUUACACCACUGUUACAACCAGAUGAGGUGUUCAGAUGAACCAUAAGUAAUGGGUUUAAAUUCUUUGGAUUGUACAAAUAACAAAAUUGUGGAAUGGCUAAUCUGCUAAUAGCUUUUAGUUUCAGACAGUGGAUUUGUUUUAAACUCUCCUAAUGCCAGAUGUAACUUCAGGCUUUACUGCAGAAAGUUUUAGAAUUCCUGAGAGCUGGACUGAAUCCUUUUAAAUUGAAAUUAGAAUGAUAGGUCUUGGGCAUUUACUGCCUUCAAGUUGCUGUGGAAGUAGCGUGGAUGUACCUAGCUAUGGUAAGGGUGAAAUAAUCUCUACAACAUAUCAGUAAGGUACUUAUUGGAGAGCAAUUUGGAGUCAUGGUUUGAACUAUUUCUCUACCUGUGUGGUAGCCAUUCAAAAAGAUUGAACAGCACUGGGAAAUCUCAACCUCAAAUAUGGUUCAAGUCCCAUCUUUAAAUACUAUGAGGAAAAAUAACAGAUACGCUGAUAGUAUUAUUUGUACUCUUUAUUUUGAAUAUAUGAAUCUAUACUGCUUCAAAUCUCUUAACUAAUAAAAACUAAUAGCAACUACUGUUAGAAAUCUUGAAGAACUGCCUCACGUUCGUCAUAACUUUACUGAACAACAAAUCCUGAGGUGGAAAACAGCAUUCACUUGAUGCUUUCACACAUCACGGUGCAUUCCCAAGUGUAAGAAUCAAACCAACCUGGAUUUCUUGGGUUUCAAAACUAUAUGCAGUACCUUUAGAUUAAGACAGUGUCAUGAAAGAAAGAAAAUGCAAACCUGUAAUAGAUAGUCACAUGCUUCACAUGCUAAGAAUACUAUAAGACAUAUAAACAAUUUUAAACUAGUUUCUGAUGUUUUCCAUUCAUUUUUAAUUCUGGAUCACUUUGUCCUAAUCUCCUUAAUCUUAUCAGCUUACUUUUCCUCAAGGCUGUUUCAGAGCUGUCAAGAGGCCCUUAGAUCACAGCAUGUGAGUAGGCAGAGCACCCUCUUGAAAUCUAAGCAGUAGAGUUUGUUCUGAGGGGGGCAUCCCA